ACAGUUUCUCUUCCUACAAGCAACAAGUUCGAGAUUAGUUUGAUUUCAAUCAUGAUUAUCCUCUCAGUCUGGUUGGCGGUCUUUGUCGCCGUGAUUACGCUGUACUUCUGGAGACUAUACUCCUCGUUCAGCCGCCAUGGCGUGAAACACAUAAAGCCAGUCCCAAUAUUCGGCAACAUGACUAAGGUUGUCGUACGCGCAGAGCAUGUGAGUGAUGGACUCUCAAAGGUCUACAACGAAUUUCCUGAGGAUAGGUUCGUAGGUAGAUACGAAUUCUUAAAGGAGAUAAUUGUGAUUCGUGACCUCGAGCUCAUUAAAAAGAUCACUGUGAAAGACUUCGAGCACUUCCUCGACCAUCGCUCCCUCUUAAACAACAGCGAAUCCUACUUCUCCAGGAACCUGCUCUCUUUAAGAGGUCAAGAAUGGAAGGAUAUGCGUUCUACGUUGAGUCCAGCUUUCACAAGCUCCAAGAUGCGCCUAAUGGUGCCUUUCAUGGUGGAAGUAGGAGAUCAAAUGAUGCGUUCGCUUCAUAAAAUUAUAAAAGAAUCAAAAGAUGGUUCCAUAGACGUGGAAUGCAAAGACCUCACUACCCGCUACGCCAACGAUGUGAUCGCCUCCUGUGCUUUUGGUCUGAAGGUGGAUUCGCACAAUGACAAGAAUAAUAGCUUCUACCGUCUGGGGAAGGAGACUACUACGAUAAAUUUUUCCCAAAUACUCAAGACAUUCUUCCUCGCUAGUGCACCAACACUAGCUAAGUUUAUAAAGAUGGAUUUCCUCUCGGAGUCAUCAUCGUCGGCAUUUAAGACCCUGGUACUGGGUACAAUGGACAACCGGGAGUUAAAGAACAUUUUCAGACCCGACAUGAUUCACUUGUUAAUGGAAGCCAAGAAAGGCAAAUUAAGUCAUGACGAUAUUAAAUCCAAUGACCGGGCUGCAGGAUUUGCUACAGUAACCGAAUCAGCUAUAGGAAAAAAAGAUAAUAAUAGAGUAUGGACUGAUGACGAUCUCGUUGCUCAAGCGGUGGUAUUCUUCAUUGCUGGAUUUGAGGCCGUCUCGUCAGGAAUGUCGUUCCUACUACAUGAGCUUGCCAUGAAUCCUGACGUUCAGGAGCGGUUGGCGCAGGAAAUCAAGGAAAAUGACGCCAAGAACGGCGGCAAGUUCGACUUUAACUCCAUUCAGAACAUGGUCUAUAUGGAUAUGGUGGUAUCAGAAAGCCUUCGACUGUGGCCACCUGCUAUAAAUUUAGACAGAAUGUGCACUAAAGAUUACAACAUGGGUAAACCGAACCCGAAAGCGGAGAAAGAUUAUAUUAUCCGCCAAGGAAGUGGACUCUUGAUACCAGUUCUUGCCAUUCAUCGUGACCCUAAGUACUUCCCUAACCCACUCAAAUUCGACCCUGAGCGGUUCUCAGAUGAAAACAAGCACACUCUUCAUCCAUUUACGUAUAUGCCCUUCGGUGUUGGACCCAGAAAUUGCAUUGGAUCAAGAUUUGCGCUUUGUGAGAUAAAAGUAAUUGCAUACCAGAUCCUCCGAGAAAUGGUAGUUUCUCCUUGUGAAAAGACCUGCAUACCAGCAAGGCUAUCCAAGGACACUGUCAACUUGAAACUGCAAGGAGGGCAUUGGCUGAAGUUCAGGGCAAGGACUUAGAUGAUAUGGAUGCUAACCAUGAUAAAAACUAUGGAGAUUCAUUGCUUACUCUUAACGUAAUUGAUUAUUAUACAAGUUGAUUUGAACGUUUUCUACUACCUAAUUGUUUUCUAAGUACCAUAAAUAACUGUUUGAAGACCGCUUCAAAUUAUCCUGCUAUGAAAGAAAUUAUAUAACUAGGCACUAGUAGACAAUAUUAAUAAGACAAUAAAUAACUCUGUAAUUGAAUAAAACAACAUGUAAGUUCGAUAAAUCAUGAAACCCCUUGAUAAAAUUAUUAUUUUCAUGAAUUACAUUGUUUAAUCAGUUGAUAUCAGGAUUUGGUGAAUAUUAUGUAAGACUAUUUUGUUAUUUCAAAUACAUUUUG